GAAUAAAAUCAAGUUCGUCCUGAAGACCUGGGCGCAAAAGGACGUUUUCUUCCCCGGGUUGUCUAUACCCACGGCGGGUCUGGUGGCGGUAUUGUCCGAUGCGGCCAGCGAUGACACGUGGAUCGACGAGUACCUUUGCCUGAAUGCGACGGUGAGGAACGCCACGAAGGUCAAAGAUGGGUUGAAAUUGACGGAGCCUGACUCCGGGGUAAUAUGGCCUGUGAACAUUCCGGAUGAUAAAGUACGUAAUGUAUCCUUGAGCCACAACUUUACACUUGUGGCGACGGUGACCAUCGAAGAGGCCCCGAGUGGGAACACUCCUCUACUGAUUGCGGUGUUGGCGAACACUGAGCCCACGCAUACCAUGGGAAUCCUGUAUACGGCGAAUAAGACGUGGGAGACGAUUUCCAAAGGCGAGACAAAACCAACAACGGAAAGUGGCACUUGGGAGCUUAAGAAAGAAUAUCAAGUGGCACUCAUGCUGCAAGGCAACAAGAGCUCCGUGUACGUUGAUGGCAAUUCGCUGGGGGAGGAAGAAGCGCCGUUAACGGAUGAGACACCACUUGAGCUUUUAUACUUUUGCUUUGGCGCGUGCGAUAUGAAAAACUCUCCUAUGACGGUGAAGGACGUCUUUCUUUACAAUCGCCCACUAAAUCCCACUGAGAUGAGUGCAAUCAAGGAAAGGAUACCCGUUCCGACGAGAGCUCCAGAACCACAAGUAAAAAUUGCUCCUGAUCCUAUCGCACCUGCUGUGUCUGCUGUGUCUGGUGCACCUGCGGUGCCUGCUGUACCUGCGGUGUCUGCUGUACCUGCGGUGCCUGCUGCACCUGUCGCACCUGCGGUGCCUGCUGUACCUGCUGGGAAUGAAGGGACGGCACGAGAAAAGGGUGAUGGUGGGGCAAAUGGUGAUGCUGGUUCCGUGUACGGGAGUGGACUGCUGCCGCUGCUGCUUCUGCUGGGACUGUGGGGCUUUGCGACUGCGUGA